AUGUUUUGUAUAAGAAAGAAUAAUUCAAAUAAUAUAAAGAGCUAUACGAAUACUCGAAAUACAGAUUCAAUUGCCAACAGUAAUAAUUUGACAAACAAGAUAAUUUUGACUUUUGUUGCGUGUGAAUCAAGAUUUAUAGAAUCUUUGAAUGUAAUAAAAUCGGUGCUCCUUUUUACAAAAACUCCCGUAUACUUUGUUAUAUUUGCUGAUGGGUAUCUAAUAGAUUCGUUUAACAACACUUUAAGCAAAUGGAAAUAUUUAACCAGGAAUCAGCUAGAUUUUGAGCUUCAACUAAUAACAUUCCCAGAAGCUCAUGAAGAAGAAUGGAUGAGCUUAUUUAGUAAGUGUGCUGCACAAAGGUUAUUCAUACCAAAACUACUUCCUCAUAUAGACACAAUGAUAUAUGUAGACAUAGAUACUUUGUUUUUGGGACCAGUCGAUGAGCUAUGGAAUGUUUUUAAACAUUUUAAUAGUUCUCAGAUAUUAGCUAUGGCCCACGAAGUUGAUAACCCUAAUGUAUCCUGGUACCCAAGGUUUGCGAAGCAUCCUUUCUAUGGAAAAUAUGGCUUAAACUCUGGUGUUAUGCUAAUGAACUUAACAAGAAUGAGAGAUUUUGGAUGGGUUGAAUAUGUUACUCCUAUUAUGUUGAAAUGGAAAUUGUAUAUACCUUGGGGAGAUCAGGAUAUAAUAAACAUAAUAUUACAUUACCACGAGCGAGCAGUGUACGUUUUAUCGUGCCGCUACAAUUACCGCUCUGAUCAGUGCAUGUAUGGCGACGCUUGCUCCGACGCGACAGAACAGGGCGUCUUCGUGCUUCACGGUAGUCGGAAAAUUUUUCACAAUGACAAACAACCCGCUUUUAAAGCAAUGUACCGAGCUAUCAAUGAGUAUGAGAUUGGCACAGAUCCUACGAAAGUUUUGGUUAAUAUGGAGAAAUAUUUGACGGAGGCGUCGCCAUCUAAUUGUGGAAAUUUGAAGGAAGCGUUUUUAAAAUUACCAGUCGAAACAAUACAAAGUUUGUAUGCUAGGCCUAAUAGAUAG